AUGGCGCUUUCAUCUACAUUCGAAGAGAGACUUUAUCAAAUGCAGGAAACCAGAAACCAACGCCUCUCUCUUUUGCAAGCCGAGAAAGAGCUCCAACAAAAUAAAUCUCAAGCUAUGGCUUCGAAGCUUUCUGGUAUCUGAUACAUUGAAUAGAGGUGCUUCAAGCUCAAUCACAAAAUUGCCUCACAACAAUUCAUUAUUUCUUUCCUCAAAUCACAACUCGAUCGCCUUGAUUCAUGAACACAUACACAAACACUCCAUAUUUUUUAGGUUUAUUCUUCAAACAGAAACUCAAGAAGACAUACACAAAAUCUGAUAUGACGAAGGGUUAUCUGAUGAACACAUUAAAGAAGACGAAAUCAGAUCGAGUUAUGGGUCUCCGAUCUCCUCCUCGGAUGACGAGCUCCUCCUCCUCCAGUAAUUGGACUUUUUGGCAGUCCACCCUUGAGCUUAUAUUUGAGUCAGCCCAUUUCCAGAGACUAGAAAUUUCAAUUAAUCACUUCACUACUUCACUGAUGUUGCAUCUCAGGCAACUUCCAUUCUCAAUUUCUAUCAAUUGAACCUUACUUUUGUCAGAUAAACUCACCUCGAAGUUUAAUUUCAACAUUACCAAUCGUAACCCUAAAGUUUAAUUUCACCAUUACCCUAAAGUGUUAGUGACGAAUUGAUUAUGGCUUUCAUGAUGGGGUUUGAAGGUAAUUGGGAUGGGUUUCAGUUUUAGGUAUGAUAAGUUGAAGAACAUAACCGAGCAUUAACGCCAAUGUGCUUUCCAAAUCUGUUAAAGGUGUGUUUCUUGGAGGCUUAAAGGAUUAAACUCAUAUUUUCAUGGAGGCUUAAAGGAUUUAGAAAAAAAAUUAGGGGAAAUUGGGUUAAUGGCGUCCAAGAGAGAGAGAGAGAGAGAGAGAGAGAGAGAGAGAGAAAGAGAGAGAGAGAGAGAGAGAGAGAGACCUUAAUUGUAAUAGAAGUCUCGAGGCGGUAGUCGGAUAGUCGACCGAGGUUAAGGGCUAAUCGGUCUAAGCGGGGAUUAAUCGACACCUAGGCGGAGACCUUAAUUGUAAUAAAAUUUGUUUUUUAAAAAUAAAAUAUUACUUAUAUUCUC